AAUGCAACCUCGCCCAUUCAUUCUAGCAUUUAAACCAUACAAGUAUAAAAACAUAGUUUUGCAUAGCUACAAAAUUGGCUAAUCCACUACCCCAAAAAAAUGGGAGAAGAAACACAAAAUUUUCUCAAGGCAUGGCUAGUAAUUUUUGCAUCACUCUCUUAUGCUUACUUCAUAACUUCAAAACUUCCUAAAGGAAAAUUUAGGGUUUUCACUCUCCUACCCAUUUUCUCUCUCUUUACCAUCCUCCCACUUUCUCUCUCUAGACCAAUUCCUAUUACUAUUUCAAGUUGGUUUAUUACAUGGUUAGCUAACUUUAAACUACUUCUUUAUUGCUUUGAUCUUGGUCCAUUAUCAACCCAAAAUACAUUUAGUAUGUUCAUUUUACUUGCUUCUUUUCCCAUUAAACUAAAGGGAAAAGACCCACCAAAUUAUACCCGACCCGAAAAAGUUAUCCCUCCAAAUAAUUGGGUUAAAUCUUUAUUUUUUGCUCUUUUUAUAUAUAUUUAUGACCGUACUAAAAAUUGGGUUAUGUAUGGUUUUGCAUUAUAUCUUUUUAUUGAUAUUUGUUUUGCAAUUUGCACAUUUUUUCUGGCCCCACUUGGGUUGGAGCUAGAAGAACCGUCCGACGAACCUUUUGCAUCAUCAUCGCUACAAGAUUUUUGGGGUAGAAGAUGGAACCGCAUGGUAUCCGAUGCACUGCGUGACACCAUAUACUUUCCAGUGAAGUCAUUUUGUGUUAGCUAUAUGGGCCUGAAUUGGGCCCAAGCUGUGGGUACAAUGGCUAGUUUUACUGUAUCUGGGCUUAUACAUGAGCUUAUGUACUAUGACGUGAUACGUGCGAAACCCACGUGGGAAGUCACGUGCUUCUUUGUGUUACAAGGGUUGUGUGUGGUUUUGGAGGUGGCUGUAAAGAGAAAAUUGGGCUGGAAGAGGAAGUUUCAUUGGGCCAUUACAGGCCCAUUAACAGUUACAUUUGUGAUGACUAUGGGUUAUUGGUUGUUCUACUUGCCACUUUAUAGGAACCAUGUUGAUGCCAAGUCAAUUGAGGAUGUUAAAGCAUUUGUCAAGAAUUUGAAAAAGGUUUUUACUUGAAGAUCUUGAAAUCAAACAUCAGGGGCGGAGCUAUCAGUGGGCGAAGGUUAUUUCCGUCCAUCAAUCAAAAUAUAAUAUGUAAGAAAUAUUUGGCUUACGAAUAUUUAACUAUACAUCAUUUAAGUCACAAUAUAACUUGUUGAUUUCGCUUUCAACAUAUAAUGUUUCUUAAUUAUUAUGAAUGUCUAGUAAUUUUGAUUUCCUUUAACUCAAAAAUUAUUUUGUAAUGUUGAUAUGAUAAAUUUCGUCCCCUUCACCUGAAGUCCAUACUUGGCAUCUAAAUAGAAGUAUUAUUUGAAGCAUAUUACUUUAUUAAAGUUUUUUAAUUGUAAACUAUCAAUUAAAUCUAUAUGUUUU